CGCCAACUAAUGAGUGUUCACCUGAAGGUCGGUUAACGCACAGCGCUGUAGAUAAUCAUGACCUGCAGUUAGCUUCAUGGUGGACAUGAAGGUAUCAGUGGGUACAACACAAGAACCUUCUUGGUUUUGGGUUCCUUUAGAUCUACAUCUGUGGAGGACUCAACGGAAACGAGUGCCUUUUCACGGCCGAGUGUUUCGACCCUCGUUACGAUCAGUGGACGCGAAUCGAACCGAUGCCCAUCCAAAGCAGUGUCGUGAGCAUCAUCGCUCUGAACAACCGAGUGUUUGCGCCCACAGUCUGCAGAGCGUCGAAGCCUACAACCCUCAUACCAACUCCUGGAGAAUGCUUGCCUCCAUGUUUAACCCACGAAGGAACUUUGGCGUCGAGGUGAUGGACGGCCGCUUGUACGUGGUUGGCGGCUACAAGUACUACGACGAAGAGAGCGACGACUGGUUCAACGUCCAGGACAUGAAUAUCGUCCGCGGUGCGGUGAGCUGCUGUGUGAUAUCCGGGCUUCCAAACGUCACCGACUACACCAUCGCGUACGAUGACCUUCUCUAGACACGGAGCUUUUAAAACGCUAUUAAACCACAUCCCAUUGGCAGAACCUCUGUCUCCGGCUGUUUUAUUCCGAACGAAGUCAACAUGAUUUAUUUAUUUUUUUAAACAUAUCUGGCACAUUUAGGCUGGCUUCAGACAUCACACACACACACACACACACACACACACACACUGAUUUUUCUCACAGGCAGGAAGUUCUUUGGACUUGUUCACUCGUAGCAGGAGACGGACAUCAAUCCCAACGUCUCAAUAAAAUAAAAAAUAAAAACACUUAAAGAUGGUUUUGUGCACUAAAAUAAUCUA